AUGGCGACCGCCGAAUACGAGAUUAGAGGCUUGUAUCGGCGUUACUCAAUCCCGGCGUUGCAGAACUCCCCGGCGACCCGAGUCCGCCGUUCGGCUUGGGCUCGGGAAGGGGCGAUCGCCGCGGUCGCUUUACGCAAUUUACACUUCCGUGCGGUGACGUACAUAGGGAACAGUCAAGUUACAAGUAUCGUGUCGGUGUCGAGCAGUGCGGUGACGUACACGGUGAACAGUCAAGUUACAAGUAUCGUGUCGGUGUCGAGCAGUGCGGUGACGUACACGGUGAACAGUCAAGUUACAAGUAUCGUGUCGGUGUCGAGAAGUGCGGUGACGUACACGGUGAACAGUCAAGUUACAAGUAUCGUGUCGGUGUCGAGAAGUGCGGUGACGUACACGGUGAACAGUCAAGUUACAAGUAUCGUGUUGUUGUCGAGAAGUGUGGUGACGUACACGGUGAACAGUCCAGUUACAAGUAUCGUGUUGUUGUCGAGAAGUGCGGUGACGUACACGGUGAACAGUCGAGGUACAAGUAUCGUGUCGGUGUCGAGCAGUGCGGUGACAUACACGGUGAACAGUCAAGUUACAAGUAUCGUGUCGGUGUCGAGCAGUGCGGUGACGUAUAUAGUGAACAGUCAAGUUACAAGUAUCGUGUCGGUGUCGAGAAGUGCGGUGACGUACACGGUGAACAGUCAAGUUACAAGUAUCGUGUUGUUGUCGAGAAGUGCGGUGACGUACACGGUGAACAGUCGAGGUACAAGUAUCGUGUCGGUGUCGAGCAGUGCGGUGACAUACACGGUGAACAGUCAAGUUACAAGUAUCGUGUCGGUGUCGAGCAGUGCGGUGACGUAUAUAGUGAACAGUCAAGUUACAAGUAUCGUGUCGGUGUCGAGCAGUGCGGUGACGUACAUGAACAGUCAAGGUACAAAUAUUAUGUCGGUGUCGAGCAGUGCGGUGACGUAUAUAGUGAACAGUCAAGUUACAAGUAUCGUGUCGGUGUCGAGCAGUGCGGUGACGUAUAUAGUGAACAGUCAAGUUACAAGUAUCGUGUCGGUGUCGAGCAGUGCGGUGACGUACAUGAACAGUCGAGGUACAUGUAUCGUGUCGGUGUCGAGCAGUGCGGUGACGUACAUGAACAGUCAAGGUACAAAUAUUGUGUCGGUGUCGAGCAGUGCGGUGACGUAUAUAGUGAACAGUCAAGUUACAAGUAUCGUGUCGGUGUCGAGCAGUGCGGUGACGUACAUGAACAGUCAAGGUACAAAUAUUUUGUCGGUGUCGAGCAGUGCGGUGACGUAUAUAGUGAACAGUCAAGUUACAAGUAUCGUGUCGGUGUCGAGCAGUGCGGUGACGUACAUGAACAGUCAAGGUACAAAUAUUGUGUCGGUGUCGAGCAGUGCGGUGACGUACACGGUGAACAGUCAAGUUACAAGUAUCGUGUCGGUGUCGAGCAGUGCGGGGACGUAUAUAGUGAACAGUCAAGUUACAAGUAUCGUGUCGGUGUCGAGCAGUGCGGUGACGUAUAUAGUGAACAGUCAAGUUACAAGUAUCGUGUCGGUGUCGAGCAGUGCGGUGACGUAUAUAGUGAACAAUCAAGUUACAAGUAUCGUGUCGGUGUCGAGCAGUGCGGUUGACGUACAUGAACAGUCAAGUGCGGUGACGUACAUGAACAGUCAAGGUACAAAUAUUGUGUCGGUGUUGAGCAGUGCGGUGACGUAUAUAGUGAACAGUCAAGUUACAAGUAUCGUGUCGGUGUCGAGCAGUGCGGUGACGUACAUGAACAGUCAAGGUACAAAUAUUGUGUCGGUGUCGAGCAGUGCGGUGACGUACACGGUGAACAGUCAAGUUACAAGUAUCGUGUCGGUGUCGAGCAGUGCGGUGACGUACAUAGUGAACAGUCAAGUUACAAGUAUCGUGUCGGUGUCGAGCAGUGCGAAUUUCAAGAAAAAUCUAAAUUUUGUUUUGUUAUCUCUCACAUGCACAAUAUCAGAAUUGCGAGAAAAGUCUGAAUUUAGUAUUGUUUCCAUCACGGGAAAUCAUCAUAAUUGUAGGAAAAAUCUAAAUUCUGUUUUGUUAUCUCUCACAUGCACAAUAUCAGAAUUGCGAGAAAAGUCUGAAUUUAGUAUUGUUUCCAUCACGGGAAAUCAUCAGAAUUGUAGGAAAAAUCUAAAUUUUGUUUUGUUAUCUCUCACAUGCACAAUAUCAGAAUUGCGUGAAAAGUCUGAAUUUAGUAUUGUUUCCAUCACGGGAAAUCAUCAGAAUUGUAGGAAAAAUCUAAAUUUUGUUUUAUUAUCUCUCACAUGCACAAUAUCAGAAUUGCGUGAAAAGUCUGAAUUUAGUAUUGUUUCCAUCACGGGAAAUCAUCAGAAUUGUAGGAAAAAUCUAAAUUUUGUUUUGUUAUCUCUCACAUGCACAAUAUCAGAAUUGCGUGAAAAGUCUGAAUUUAGUAUUGUUUCCAUCACGGGAAAUCAUCAGAAUUGUAGGAAAAAUCUAAAUUUUGUUUUGUUAUCUCUCACAUGCACAAUAUCAGAAUUGCGAGAAAAGUCUGAAUUUAGUAUUGUUUCCAUCUCGGGAAAUCAUCAGAAUUGUAGGAAAAAUCUAAAUUCUGUUUUGUUAUCUCUCACAUGCACAAUAUCAGAAUUGCGAGAAAAGUCUGAAUUUAGUAUUGUUUCCAUCACGGGAAAUCAUCAGAAUUGUAGGAAAAAUCUAAAUUUUGUUUUGUUAUCUCUCACAUGCACAAUAUCAGAAUUGCGAGAAAAGUCUGAAUUUAGUAUUGUUUCCAUCACGGGAAAUCAUCAGAAUUGUAGGAAAAAUCUAAAUUUUGUUUUGUUAUCUCUCACAUGCACAAUAUCAGAAUUGCGAGAAAAGUCUGAAUUUAGUAUUGUUUCCAUCACGGGAAAUCAUCAGAAUUGUAGGAAAAAUCUAAAUUUUUUUUAUUUCUCACUUGAACAAUAUCCAAAUUGCAGCCUACGUGUCUUCUUUGGCAACGUUCGUACGUAAGAUCGUACAUUACAUCUACUUUGCUUUCUUACUUUUACACUAUCUACAUCUACGUACUUUAAUGACAGCUUAUGACAUACCGUAAUUGUGCCUUAAAAGAUACAUAGGUUUACAAGAAGGGUAUGUGGGGAACCACUGAAAGAUAUGGGCAAGAGUUUCUUAAUAGCGUAUGUUUUUGGAGUUGAUUAUUGUAUCUUAACACUUUGAACUUUCUCGAAUUCGUCCAUCAAGGGGUUGUUUUUGAUGUCACUAAGGUAAAAUAUCAAUGACAAAUAGCCAGGGGAGUCAGAUGAAUGCCAGGACUACCAUCCUGGACCAUAUAAGUCACCGGGGACGGUUGAAUUUGAAACGAGCGUGGUCAUUAAACAAGUCUAGUGCUAGAGCCGCGGUCGGUGGCGUGUGAACUGAUAAAGCUGUGGAUAUGGAAGGAAUGUAUGGUUCUGAUCGCUGAUAUCAUUUAUCAGCGCAAGGCGGCUGUCGUGUUGAGGUGAUACUGCUAUAUACAAACCGGGCAGAUUCUGUUGUGUCGGAAGUGUGGAUGUACCCUAGUCUGUCAGGUGUCGUGUUGAGGUGAUACUGCUAUAUACAAACCGGGCAGAUUCUGUUGUGUCGGAAGUGUGGAUGUACCCUAGUCUGUCAGGUGUCGUGUUGAGGUGAUACUGCUAUAUACAAACCGGGCAGAUUCUGUUGUGUUGGAAGUAUAGUUGUACCCUAGACUGUGCUGUCUCUAUUGGGUUGACCCUUUUUUUUAAUUAAAAGAAUUAAUCGCAGAUCUUGAAGUUGGUACAGAAUACCAACUGGAUUAUUUGGAGGAUAUUAAAAGUUUACACCCCCUCUCCCCUUGAAAAGGGAGGUAGAAGGGGGUAAAUUUUCAAAUUGGAACCCCUAUCUUGUGGCAUGUAAUUUUAAAGGUUUAUUGAAAAGAAACAAAACCAUUACAUAAAUAAAACAUAUCUACAAUGUUUCUAGCAAACGUUAUGGGCACAUUACCUUUUACAUUUUAGGGUGUAAAAUGUCUGAUACGCCUAGAUAUAUUCCAAACGGAUUGAAAUUCGAUGUAUAAUCUUUACCAUACUUAUUAAAAUACUUUUUUUAUUUUUUUGGAGGAUAAAAUAUUUAAUCCCCUUUUCAAAGAGAAAGUAGAAGGAGUUACCCCUUUAAAAGGGAGGUAGAAGGGGGCAAAUUUUAAAAUAGCAACCCCUAUCUUGUGACAUGUUAUUUUAAAGGUCAAUUAAAAAGAAACACAAUGGCACUAAGAAAACAUGUCUACGACUUUCCUAGCAAAUUGUAUGACCAGAUAACGCAAAAAAUAAAUAGCUGUAGGGACAAUGCCAAUGUCUUGCGCAUAUCAACACAAUGCAUGCAUGAUAUCUUUCAGUAAGGCUUUGAGGUGCCCAGUGUAUCCCUUUAGGCAGUAUCAAAAGUUUGUGGUGUGCAGUUUUGGUAAGAUAUGUCUUUCUCCAAGUGACAUUACAAUGUCCAUAACUUUUGCUUGGAAUGUCGUAAAGAAGUUGUCUUCAUGUCAAUGUGUUUAUAUUGAUUAUACCUUUAGAAUGACAUUUCACAAGAUAGGAAUUGCCGUUUGAAAAUUUAAAGUUACCCCCUUCUACCCCCCCCCCCCGUUUGAAAAGUCGUAAGUA